AUGGAGGACGACGAUGUCGUCGUCCAGGUGCCCUGCCCAACGCGGCAGGCUUCUGAGUGCCUGAAAACGGGGUGGGAGAAUCAGAUCUCAGUGAGUUCGGAUGCUUCUACAACACACUCGCUAGAGGAGCUUUCGGCACCGCAGUUCUUUACAAAGCAGUGCAGCAACAUCGAUGUGAUGACUUCCCGGGUUGUCCGCGAAAGCAGCAUCCAACAGGCCAUUUGCGCUGCAGUCGCCGAUGGACAAGUUUCGGUGACAGUGGCAGAUCCUAGGAGUGAGGAUGCUGCACUCAUAGCGAUCUCCGAGCAGUUUGAAAGCAUGACAGGCUACUGCCGUCAGGAAAUCCUUGGCAAAAACUGCCGUUUCCUCAACGUGGGCUGCGAUUGCAAGCCUGGCGACCUCCUCCGACUCCGGAGAUCCGUCGAGACUGGUGAGCCCUUCACCGGCGUGCUGGAGAACAGAAGGAAGCCGGGCGGCCAAGGGGCUCGCACACGGACAGAGACAGACACACAAGCAGAAACGAUGUUGGCGCCGCCUAUACUUCACCGACGCAGCUUUCCGUUGUCUGCUCCAAAACUCGUCGAGGGCCGCCAGCGGAGCGUGGCAAGCUGUCCCGGUUGCAAAAAGGUGGCGGUGGCGCCUUUGGCUUUGCUAGCAGCUGCCUGCCUCCCUCAGGACGCUGGGCCAAGAGAGCCCAAGCUCAAGCUAAGGCAGAACAGGCUGCGGCUUGGGCAGCGACUUCGUAGCUCUCUGCUGAAGGCUCGGAGACGCUGGGGCCUGGGUUUGGUCAGAUUGGUGGUCUCCCUGGUGGUUGGUGUUGAGCUCAUGGCGGUCCAAGAUGCACAGACUGCCACGAAUUUGGUACAGGAUUGUAUGGAGGCUGCCAGCAAGGGCGUCCAGGACUUCACUAACAAGAAAGACUACAAGUUUGGAGACAUCACGAAAGCUGCAAUGUCCAAAUUUGCAUCCAGUCUUACAUCCAGCGUCAGCUCAUACACUGGAAAAGAGAAAUACGAGUUCGGUGACAUCACAAAGGCCACGGUCUCAAAGUUCACCGGGAAAGAGGAUUACAAAUUUGGAGACAUCACCAAAGCUGCUGCAGAUAAGAUCUCAGGUGCGGCAAGCUCAGCGGUCAAGCAGAUAACGGGGAAGGAUGACUAUGAAUUUGGUGACAUCACCAGCAGCCUCGUUUCACGCGUCACAGGCGCCCGAAAAGAUGAAGAUGUAGCGCCAGCCGAAACGUCAGGGGAGUUGUUCCGGAAUUUGUUGGACCUGUGCGGAUUGACGGUGGCGCGAAAUCCCUUCAACGGCGCUGAGCUGUGGUUUCUCGUCGGCAUCCAGGCAGAUGUUUCCGCCCUGGACGAGAUUUCGCUGCACAAGGCCGAACAAGAGGUGCACCGGGUGGCCAACGAUAUCCGCGCGCGCCUGGCAGAUCAGCUUUCAGCCCUGGCGAUCUCUGGAGCUCUGAUGUCCAAUUUCGAAGUGUCGGAUGAGGGCAACUACCUCCGGAGCAGAGAGUAUUCCAAGCCCAGGGACCUCGACCUGGAGGUGUGGAGCUUGCUCCCUACUCCACAGUGGAAGAGCGGGGCGAUACCUGCGAUACCUCCAGCCCCAGUUUCGGAAACGGCGCUUUCUGGCAAUGCGCGUGCCUUGCUAGUGCGAGGUAAACAAGAAAGCCAGGAAGAGGCGUGCACCACUCGCGCCACGGCUGCAACUACUUGCCGUUGGAAUCGGUUUGAGGGGUCGGAGGCCGAGGGUGUCCAGGCGCCUGUGUGUCUCACUUGUUGGAUGUCGUCAUCAGUCGGAACAGACAGCGUAAACCUGGGACAUACAAUCUUAUGUCAGUUGUUGGUCCACAGCCAGAGCACUGUGUAG